UGCAAGGCUGACAAGUGGGGCACCACACCAGACGUGACCUGGAGGAACAUGAAUGGAGUGGACAUGACGUCUGAGUCCAGUGUCACUGAAGAGCGGGACAAUGAGGGGAUUUCUCAGAGUCAGCAGCUUCAUCCCCAUCAAGCAGGAGUUCAAUGUGUUCUCCUGUCUGAUGAGAAGUAAAGUGCCAAAGCCUGACUGGCAUUCAGGCCUUACUGUCUACGUAUUCUCCCCAGGAGUCCCAGGCUGGUUGGUGGUCUUCUGGUUAUCCUUGUUUCUUUAUGUGGCAGUGGCGGCUUUGCUGGUAUUUCAAUGGAGGAGAAUGAGAGAACAUAAAGCAAGAUACGACUCCAAAGCUUUCUUUUUACAACUCUGUUACCUGAAAAAGGAAACUGAGAAGAUCAAAGCUCCAGUUUGGACUCAGACCAUUCCUAAGGUUCUCAAAAGAUACCGUCAUGAAGAUCUCCUAAAGAUCACCGAGUACUUCAGGCCCUGCCUGGCCUAUCUGAUCAAAGCUAAGAUGACGAACAUCCUGGAGAGCCUGGUCAGCAAGGAGAUCCUCACCAGUGAUGAGAUUGUCAAAUUCAAAGAAGAAUCUGAGGGGACAGAGGCUGUGGAGGCCUUCAUCGGUGACGUAAUGAAGAAGGACAGAGUGGUGCUAAUCGGCCUGUGGGAGGCGCUGGCUGAGCAACUUGAGAGACUCCAAUCACCAAACCUCUUAAGAUUAAUGGAGGAGGUGACAGAAGAGAGAAAGAAACUCUUAGAGGAGAUCGACACCAAAAACAAGCCACCUGCCCUUGACCCUCAUAUUAAAGAUCUCCAUGAGACACACAGACUCACUGUGUCUGAAUCCACAAGAACUCUGGAUGCUCAGGCUUCUCCUGGAGAUCCACACACCACAGCUGUGGGCUUUGAGACUCGAUACACAGAGUUGGUGGCCAUUAAACAGGACACAAGAAACCGUAAGGAGACUGAACAUGAACUUAUGAAAACUGGGAGGAUUCAUGAAGAGCUCAUGGAGGAAGGAGCAGCAGAGAAAUGUGAGCGAAUCUGGAUUGAGCAGCUGUUUAGGAAAAGUCAUGUAAGUGCAAAUCCAGUCAAUAUCAUAGUGGUUAGUGGGAUGGCCGGAAUUGGGAAGACCACCAUGGUACAGAAGAUCAUGUAUGACUGGGCCAGAGGCACUCAGUACCAGAGGUUUGCAUUUGUGCUCCUAUUUAAAUUUAGAGAACUUAACCUCUUAGACAAUGUGAAUGAGACACAAAUGUCACUGAUCAAACUGAUUGAAAGGCACUAUAAAUAUCUCAGUAAUGAUCCACUGAAAGACGUUCUGAAGAAUCCUGAAUCUCUCCUGUUUAUAUUCGAUGGGCUGGAGGAGUACAAACACAAACUGGACUUCACAACGAGUCAGCUCUGCUCAAACCCAGACGUUGAGGUGCCUGUCCACAUCCUGGUCACCAGUCUGGUCAGUCGGACAUUACUGAAGGGCUGUUCAGUCCUGAUAACAAGCAGACCAAGAGCCUUGGAGGCUGUGGACAUAAAGAAAACUGAUCGAUUUAUAGAGAUCCUGGGGUUCUUCCCUGAGCAAAAGCUGAUGUACUUUAAGAAGUUCUUUGGUGAUGCUGCUCUGGGUGCUGAGGCUUUUCAGUAUGUCAAAGAGAACAUCAUCCUGUACACCAUGUGCUUCAGCCCAUCAUACUGCUGGAUUAUCUCCUCUGCACUGAAGAGCCACUUCAUGACACCUGAAAAAGAGCAAAGAGCUGCCCCCAGAACUGUCACUGAGAUCAUUAUGAUGUUCCUUCACAACAUCCUGACCAAUCACAGACAAGAAGUCAAAAACCAGAGAAUGAUUCUGGUCAAACUGGGAAAAAUGGCGUAUUAUGGGCUGGAAAACAGGAUUCAUGUGUUUAAUGAGAAGCAAGAGAUGUCCACCUUUGGUCUCCAGACAGACUUGUCCUCUCCAUUCCUCUCUGGGUUACUGCAGAAGCAAAGCACCUUGGAGCACACAACAUACACGUUCUACCAGUUCAACCUGCAAGAGUUCAUGGCCGCCUGCUCCUUCUACCUUGAGCCAUCAGGGGACAUUGAAGAAAUCCUGAAGAAGUGGGACUCGUGUAAAGAUGGACGAUUUGAGAUUGUUACUCGAUUCAUGGCAGGACUGGUUUGGUGUUCUGUGCUUGAAACAGUAGAGAGAAUCCUGGGGAAGUCUGAAGGGAACAACCUAAAGCGCAUACAAGAGUGGGUGAAGCAGAAAGCUAAAAGAAAGCUACAAGGGGGACAUAAAAGAGAAGCUGUGCGAGUUUGUUACUGGCUCUGUGAGACUCAGAAUAAGGAGUUAAUUAGAGACGCCAUUGGGAAGGAUUUAAAGAUGGACUUUAGAAAGACAACUUUAUCUGCUGUGGACUGUGCUGCGUUGGCGUCUGUCAUCAGCUGCUGUGGAGAACUUAAAGAACUUUACCUGUCAGAGACACCUCUGACCCCACAGUGUAUCAGGAGACUGGCGCUGGGGCUCAGCUACUGCAGUAAAGUCUGGUGAGUGAUGCGACUUUGACGAGUUCAGUUUGAUCUGUGAAGGCACUUUGUGUAAAUGAGAGUCACUGGGAGCACUGAUCUCCACUGUCAUAGGACCUUCUAAUAAGCCCCACCCACUUAACAGGAAGUGAUGUCAGACACUAAUUAUGUGAUAAUUAGGUCAUCCUAUUCUUGAUGAUCCUUUACAACACAUCUGAACCACCCAGACCUUACCCUGUUGUUUCUGUUUUAGACUCUUAGAGUCAUUAAAGCCCCCUUGUGCAGACGAUGAGCUGAUACCACUGGUGUACAUCAGCAGAUUAAAAAGGAUGGAUGAAAAGUCUCAAUUUUAAACUGCAUUAGUUAGUAAUCAAGCAACGAUUUGAAACAUGAAAGGGGCGGAAGCAUUAUGUUGUGUGAAUGUGACAAUAGUGGCUGAGAAUUAAAUCUAAAGUGUGAUUACGAGAGUGUGUAGGACUGUUCACAAUUUGAAGAAUCCCAGAAAAUUAAGGAAUCUCCAAUUCAUUUGCAGUGUUAGCAGACAGACUGGGAAAAAAAUGGAUGGCCAGGAUGCUGGAGGUUUGAUUUUUCACAAUGAUGCAUUGAUUACUGAGUUUAAUUCUUUUUAUUUCUUGUUACACUCACCACAUGCCCAGACCUCCUCAUCUACCGCCUGUGGUGGUUCUGUUCAGAGUUCCUUGUGUAUUCCUAAAGUCCUCACCUUCUUCAUGUGAGGGAGUUUAGUGGUCCAGUGCAGAAUCCUCAGCCCCUUGUCCUCCUAAUCUUCUUCAUUCAGUCACUACUCAGAGCUCAUGACCACAGGUGAGGAUCAGAUGGUGAGCUGAUCACUAAAUAAUGAGCUUCAUCUGAGGACUUUGCUCCUCUUCACUACUCCUCCUGUCUUUUUAUGAGCUUUGAUCUCCCACAUCUUGUGUUAGUUCAGACUUCAUGAACGUCAAGGCCAGACUGCUUUGCUUGUUUCCACUGCACUACAGCCCCUCAUAGCACACUGACACUCGGCCCACUUUAGUGCUGUGGUACUAAUCAGUCUGUUAUCAUUGUGUUUGUGAUUUGAAGGAGUGUUUCACUUUGCUGACAAUGUUCUUCAAACGUAGCACCUCUUAUUUAGCUAUUCCUAAUUUAACAGCCCAGUGCUUCACAUGUAUUGCCAAGCUUGAGAAUAAAGUCAAGUCAGGAAAGUGGUUGACAAUGCUGACCACACAUUUCCCUUCCACAAACUCCAGAAACUGCAUGAUGCUCUCAGUACUUUAACGCCAUGUAGGCACAUGUGAGAUGGCCAGUCAGCCCUGAUUGAUGAGACAGACUCAUCAGAGUCAUUGUCCUCAUCCUCUUCUUCCUCACACAGUACUUUUACUUUUGCUGCUGUCUGUGCUCUGCAGACCAGUGAUGGUGGUAACCAAACCCUUUGCCUUGUUACUUUGUUUUGCUAGUCCACUACUAGUAGCUUUGACUUUUAUCUUUUCUUUUCUUUUCUUUACCCUGUGGCCCUGUUUACUAUAUUGUUCUUCAGUAAGCAUCACUUGUUGACCACCAUCCCAUGUGUUCUCAGAGUCAGUGGCUGCCCACCAAGGCUCUCCUCACCUUUUACAUUUGUUUUGAGAGGAGGCACAGCAGUGCCCUCUUUAGGACUUUGUCCUCUGGUGCCACUUUAACGACUGACACCUCCUCCUCCACAUUUUUACUAACACUGUCUUCAAACAUUCUAUCAGUUCUAGCUGGUGCUCUCUCUUCUGUGUUUGCACUUCGACAUGUUUCUUUCUCUGGCUCUCUGCUGGUCAUCACUGGCUCACCUGUUCCAUAUCCUGGUGUUACUGAAACACUUUCUCCUGUUUUCAUUUCACCUUGAUCUCUAUUCAUUGCUUCAGAUUUAAAUACCAAUUUGUCCUCCAUGUCUGAUUCCCCAGUCACUGAACCUUUCACUUUGUCAUCCAAUGUUCUCCUUAAAGAGUUCUCAGUGCUCACUGGAUGUUCCUGAUGUACCUCAGUUAUCUUUUAUCUCACUGUGCUUACAUUUGUUUGCCUUAUGCCCUUUCUGACUACUUUUAAAGCACUUCAUUGACUCUGUACAGACAAACACAACAUAUUCACACCCAUCUACAUAUUUAUACAUCUACAUCUAUGAAUACUUGGGAGUGCUACUGGAUGAUAAAUUGGACUGGACUGCCAAUACUGAUGCUCUGUGUAAGAAAGGUCAGAGCCAACU